AUGUAUAAUCCAGGUAGAGGUAUUAGCAGAAGAUGCAUUCCAUAUAGAAGAACAGCCCCAUCAUGGUUAAAAACAAGUACACUUGAAGUUAUUGAUGAAAUGUGCAAACUUGCUAAAAAAGGAAUUGCACCAUCACAAAUUGGAGCAAUUAUGAGAGAUACUCAUGGAGUUGGAUUAAUUAAGAGUGUAACAGGAUCAAAAGUACUUAGAAUUCUUAAGCUUGCAGGACUUGCACCAAAAAUUCCAGAAGAUCUUUAUUUCUUAAUGAAGAGAGCUGUUUCAGUUAGAAAACAUCUUGAAAAGAAUAAGAAAGAUAAAGAUGCCAAGUAUCAUUUGAUUCUUAUUGAAUCUAAGAUUCAUAGAUUAACAAGAUACUAUAAAUCAGCUAAAGUUCUUGAAGCAUCAUUUAAAUAUGAUGCCAAUACUGCUUCUGCUAUCGUUUCUUAA